AUGUCUGCGUGGAUUGCAGUUGUUCUUUGCUGCCACCUUCUAGUUAUCAGUGCAAAACCACUUGAGGAGAAAAAGGAAAGUAGUGAUGACAGUGAUAGUCUUCCCGAGUUUACUGACGCCAAAUUUGAGAGAUCAGUGAGCGAUCCACAGUAUUGGAGAGGGCGAUUAUCUGAUAACAAAGAAGCUUUAAACGAUGCUCAGUAUUGGAGAGGCCGCUUAUCUGCGGACCCACAAUACUGGAGGGGUCGAUUUAGUGACGCACAGUACUGGAGAGGGCGUUUCUCUGAUAAUAUGGAGGAAAAACGGGAGCCACAAUACUGGUUUGGCCGUUUCAGCCGAGGGGACCGAGAGCACCAGCUACGAGCCUUAGUUCCUGGUCGUUUUGGGAGAAAUUUUCAAGGCAGGUUUGGGAGAAAUUUUCAAGGGCGCUUCGGUCGUGAGAAUAUGCAAGGACGCUUUGGGCGAGAAGAAAAUAUGCAAGGUCGAUUUGGGCGAGAAGAUGACAUGCAAGGUCGGUUUGGUCGUGAUUUCCAGGGUCGUUUUGGUCGUGAUGAAUUACAAGGCCGAUUUGGUCGUGAGGAGGAGGACGAGCAAGGCCGUUUUGGACGCAAUUUCCAAGGACGAUUUGGGCGAGAAGAAGAUUUACAAGGACGCUUUGGUCGUGAAAAAAUUGCGGACGAUAAAGAACAGGGGCGCUUUGGUCGAGAAGAAGAGGAUGACCUUGAAAAAAUUGAGAAAACUCUGCAAGCCGAAGAGGAUUCGAAGGAGGAAAAACGAGAGGAGGUUAGGAGUUUAGAAGAUUCCAAAGACGAGAGUUCAGAAUCUUAACAAUGGAAUUAAAUUGGUAAGUACAAAAAACAUACACGUUUUAACUAGUUUUUGUAAGAUUCUCGCUGCUAUAUGGUUAAAGAAACUUUUAUAUAUCAUUCAAGUAUUGUAUUAGUGCAUUCAAGUCGGGUGGUUUCAGAGUUGCACCGUUAGUCACGCAUUACGAUUCUCCGUUUUAGACUUCCUGAAUUAGAAUGCUAAAAAGUGAUGAAAGCUUCUCAAUAGUAUUAUUUGGAUUUUUAGUGGUUGAAAAAAAAAGACAGUUUUAAAAGAAACUUUCAUCAGUGGUAAUACAGUGAGUUUUUGUGGUAUCAGACGGCUCUUAAUUGCUAACAUAAGGAUUGGUGAAGAGCAGAGCCCGCGCCGCUGGAUUUAACAGCGUAGGGAAACGCGGGGGGCGGGGGCGGUGGUACGAGGGCUUCUCUAAGCCCGUUUAAAUGGAUCUAGCUGUUAUACGAAUGCUAUGAUUACCAGAUUUUCUUUAGCAAAAACACUUUUAUACAAUUGCCGAAAAGCUGAUUGCAGUGUGUCUUCCACUUCUUGAGAAACAGCCUGAAAAUCUUGUCGCUAGUUUCCCGCUUUCCGAUAUCAGCAAGUCGAUUCCUUGCUCAUAAGUUUUGAUCAAUUCAAGCGCCUUUCGGCUUGGCUAUCGGAUUGAAAGCUGGAUUGUGUAGAUUGUUGGCGAGGAUGUGAAAUGCUACAUGUGAUAUCCCUUUGAAGAUAUCUACCACAUAAUGAAGAACCUUUUUAUUUAAAAACCUGCGAGAUAUUUUUAUUUUAUUUAUUAUAUUUUGCCAAAAAGUUGGAAGGGGGUUUGGGGCUUGAAAGAAUGCCUUAUAUCUCUUAAAUCAAAGACUGCGGGUCCGUACUUCGCUCUGAGCCCCACCCCCUUUCCCCAAGUUCUGGGUUAAUGAUUUUCCUUGAGAUGCUGAGAAAUCGUCCGGCACAGACUAACAUGUUUGGUUUUAUGAAGUCAGAUAAGCUAUAUCUUUUAGCGCGAAGAUAACGUUCCCACCCACUGUUUUUGUCUGAGUGGUUGCUACGAAACAAUUAUUGUCGGGCUUGAUCCAUUUAAACGCCACUAUUUUAUUUAUGUUCAUUAAAUUUACGUGCGUGCGCACGAAAAAAUGACAUGACCAGUAGAAAGGUGCAACGGAUAAGAAGGAAAGAAUGAAAGGUGCACAUAAUCAUUGGUGGAUUCGGACGACAAGUUGCAGCAACACGUUGCAGCCACUCGUCGCUGCGACAAAUCGUUUCCUGUGAAAAAUUUGGUCUCCGCAACAGAAGCUUGUCGCCGCAACAAGUCGCACAAAAUCAAAUCAGACUGCAUUUGUGCGACUUAUGGCGGCGAUCGAAUUCUGAUGUUGAGACAAAGAUUUCCAAAAAGAUUGUACAGUACACACGAGGCGAUUUGUCGCUUCGACGUGUCGCACAACUUUCUGCAGGAACUUAUCGCCCGACCUGUACACAUGGAAUGAUUUGUCGCCGCGAAUUGUUGCAGUGACAUGUUGCCUGGUGUGUGCCAACCUUAACUAAGACGAGGCGAGGCGAGAACCGCUCUUCGGCGGAAACGAAGUAUCUCGGCGUCUAAACCUUACAGACCUCGGUUUUGAAAAGAAAAGGGGGAAAGGGUGGUUUUUCCUUUCAAGUCGCUUUUCUUUAUUUUCUAAUGUUGUAAUUUUGCAAUACAUGUAUUUUGAAUAUAUGUGUGUCAAUAAAGUAAUUUAACCAAAAAAAAUAAAAAAAUAAAUAAAAAGAAUAAAAAAGAGGGAAAAGCAAAAAAUUCAAGUCAUUAGUACAAGAGGUUUGGGUUACCGUGAGGAACACCUGUUUUCGGCCUUAGAUUUUCUGGGCACGAAACACAAGUCAAAUUACAGCAAACUAACUUUCAUGAUGCCCUUUUUUGCAGAAAUUUCAGUGGAAUGAGACGACAGAUCAAGAGUUAAUUUAUAAAUUCUUGAACAUUGCUUAUAAAUAUUAAAUAUGUAGUGAUGUGACAAAUAUCGGCCGGGUCUUGAUGACUGCACUCCAAUUAAAAAUUUAAUUUUUUGCACAAAUUCACAUAUCUUUGUACAAAUCACUUUUCAUGUUACAAAUUUAAUUUUCUUGGUGGAAAUCCUUCUGUAUAAGUAUUAAUUACGUGCUUGUCAAUGCUAGUUAUGUUUAAGAGACUGAAAAUAUUCGUUAACAAAUAGAAUAAGAGUGAAG